UUUUGUCCCAUGCUGAUCGCUUUCUUUUAUAUAAUUGCUGCGCCAACGCGUUCAUGUCUUUUCUCUUUUAGAUUCCAAAACAACCGCGUGAUAGAAGAAGAGGACGAUUCCAUUGCUCUCUUUUAAAUUAUUUAUGCCUUUUAAUUCUCACUCACUCACAGAACCCCCUUCUCUCUCUCUCUCUCUCUCUCUCUCUCUCUCUCUCUAUCUCUUUCUCUCUCCGUUUCUUUAUUAUCAAAUAAUUUCUACCAAAACUUGGUCGUUUUGAAGAUUCUUCUCCUUUCUUUUUUUCUAGCUUAUUCUAUCAAUGAGGGAUACUCAUCAUCCCAAGCACGAACGCCGAUGGGCUUCCGAUUCCGUUCCCGAUCGGCCGGCGAUGAGUGCCGGAACUUCUCCAGGAAGUAAUACGGAGUCCAAUUCAGCCGAGGAGUUUGUGGAGGUCACUCUCGAUUUGCAAGACGACGAUACGAUUGUGCUUCGGAGUGUUGAGCCGGCAACGGUGAUCAAUAUCGAUGACGGAGCAGGCGUUGCGUCCACCGGAACCGAGACUCCGACGUCGGCAUCAAGGUCGCCGACGAUCAGGCGGAGUUCGUCGAACAAGUUGCGGCAGUUUUCGCAGGAGCUUAAGGCGGAGGCGGUGGCGAAGGCGAGGCAGUUCUCGCAGGAGCUGAAAGCGGAGUUGAGAAGGUUCUCGUGGAGUCACGGACAAGCUUCUCGCGUGCUCUCAGCUUCGGCUUUGGCGGUUGGUCAAAAUGGCAGUAGUGGUGGUGGUGGAGUCGACUCGGCUUUGGCGGCUCGCGCUUUGAGAAGGCAGCGAGCUCAGCUGGAUCGGACUCGGUCCGGCGCGCAAAAAGCUCUCCGUGGAUUGAGAUUCAUCAGCAGCAACAAAACCAAUGGCGUCGAUGCAUGGAAUGAAGUUCUGACAAAUUUCGAUAAGCUCGCCAAAGAUGGAUUUAUCUAUCGCGCCGAUUUUGCUCAAUGCAUAGGCAUGAGAGAUUCAAAGGAAUUUGCUUUAGAAUUAUUGGAUGCUCUUGGUCGUAGACGAAGAUUGAAGGUUGACAAAAUCAGCAAAGAAGAGUUGUAUGAGUUCUGGUCCCAAAUUACCGAUCAAAGUUUUGAUUCGAGGCUCCAGAUCUUCUUUGAUAUGGUGGACAAGAAUGAAGAUGGAAGAAUCACUGAAGAAGAAGUGAAAGAGAUCAUCAUGCUAAGUGCCUCUGCAAACAAGCUAUCAAGAUUGAAGGAACAGGCAGAGGAAUAUGCAGCACUGAUCAUGGAAGAGUUAGACCCUGAAAGACUUGGCUACAUUGAGCUAUGGCAAUUGGAGACCCUGUUGCUACAAAAGGAUACGUACCUAAACUACAGCCAAGCUCUAAGCUACACAAGCCAAGCUCUAAGCCAAAAUCUCCAAGGAUUAAGAAAGAAAGGCCCAAUUCGUAGACUCAGUUCCAAUUUCAUCUACUAUUUGCAAGAGAAUUGGAAGAGAAUUUGGGUUAUUGCGUUGUGGAUCUCCAUCAUGAUUGGUCUUUUCGCUUGGAAAUUCUUUCAGUAUAGACAGAAAGCUGCAUUCAAAAUAAUGGGUUAUUGUCUCCUCACGGCUAAAGGAGCUGCCGAGACCUUGAAGUUCAACAUGGCUCUUAUACUAUUGCCUGUGUGUAGGAAUACUAUCACUUGGUUGAGGUCCACAUGGUUGGGUUACUUUGUACCUUUUGAUGACAACAUCAACUUCCAUAAGACUAUUGCUGGAGCUAUUGUAGUUGGUAUAAUUCUCCAUGCUGGGGACCAUCUUGCAUGUGAUUUUCCAAGGCUUAUAAAUGUACCUAAAGCUAAAUAUGAGAAAUUUCUAAAAGAUGAUUUCGGAACUCAUAAACCCACUUACAUUGAUCUGGUUAAAGGCCCUGAGGGUGUUACUGGAAUUCUAAUGGUUAUAUGCAUGGCUGUGGCUUUCACACUUGCAACAAGAUGGUUCAGGAAGAGCCAAAUUAAGCUCCCAAAGCCCUUUGACAGGCUAACUGGCUUCAAUGCCUUUUGGUAUUCACAUCAUCUAUUUGUCAUUGUCUACAUCUUGCUCGUUGUGCAUGGCGUUUUUCUCUAUCUUGUCCACAAAUGGUACUCCAAGACGACAUGGAUGUACCUUGCGGUUCCAGUUUUUCUAUAUGCUGGAGAGAGGACUUUGAGAUUCUUCCGGUCCGGCUCCUCUACCGUCCGUCUUCUAAAGGUUGCUAUUUAUCCUGGAAAUGUUCUCACAUUGCAAAUGUCUAAGCCACCUCAGUUUAAGUACAAAAGUGGACAGUACAUGUUUGUGCAAUGCCCUGCUGUCUCUCCCUUUGAGUGGCAUCCAUUUUCCAUUACAUCUGCACCUGGGGAUGACUACCUUAGUGUUCACAUCCGUCAGCUAGGAGACUGGACUCAAGAGCUUAAGAGGGUUUUCUCAGAAGCCUGUGAGCCUCCUGUAGCGGGAAAGAGUGGGCUUCUCAGGGCUGAUGAAACAACCAAGAAAAGUUUGCCCAAGCUUUUAAUAGAUGGGCCUUAUGGUGCACCGGCACAAGACUACAAGAACUAUGAUGUUCUGCUGCUUGUAGGUCUUGGGAUUGGAGCAACACCUUUCAUCAGCAUUUUAAAAGAUUUGCUCAACAAUAUUGUAAAAAUGGAGGAACAGGCAGAUUCAGUAUCAGAUAUCAGCAGAAAUUCAGACCUAAGUUCGGGAAGUACAGAUUCUCCUUCUCUUAACAAGGUCUCUCCCAAAAGGAAAAAAGCUUUGAAAACCACAAAUGCCUACUUUUACUGGGUAACUAGGGAACAAGGCUCAUUUGAUUGGUUCAAAGGAGUUAUGAAUGAAGUUGCAGAACUUGAUCAAAGGGGUGUCAUUGAGAUGCACAACUACUUGACUAGUGUGUAUGAAGAAGGAGAUGCUAGAUCAGCUCUCAUCACAAUGGUCCAAGCUCUAAACCAUGCCAAGAAUGGGGUCGAUAUCGUGUCAGGCACAAGAGUGAGAACCCAUUUUGCAAGGCCUAAUUGGAAGAAAGUUUUCUCGAAAAUUUGUUCAAAACACUGUAGUGCACGAAUAGGAGUAUUCUACUGUGGUGCACCAGUUUUGGCCAAAGAACUCAGCAGGCUUUGCUAUGAAUUCAAUCAGAAAGGUCCAACCAAGUUUGAAUUCCACAAGGAGCAUUUCUAGAAUACCAGCAGUUUUAUACUCCAAGUUCACAUGCAAAGUAUCUUGUCUAACAACUUCUAGUAAAUUUUGUAAUAAACUUAGAAGAAGAAAAUGAAAUAUUGUACAGUAUUGAUAGAAAAAAGGAAAAAAAAAAAAAACAGAUUGGAGAAAACCAACAAAAAAAAAAAAAAAAAAGUGAAGAAGAAGAAGAAGAGGAGGAUACAGGGUUAUUAUAUGUACACAAUAUUUUGUUUUAAGAUAUAAGAAGAAAACAAGCAGAAGAAACUAUUAAUGCGAGGGUAAGUUGGGCUGGAAUCUGGAUGGUGCAACUGGCUCUGCAUUGUAAGAUGGAGAAAUAUGGCAGGGAAAGAGGAUUUGUGUGGACCUAAAGUGACAUUUGUUGGUUUGGGGGGUCAAACAAAUAUUGAGGUACAGCUGUAGUGGAGAAAAGUUGACCGGGUUGAGAAUGUCAUUGUUAGCAAGAAGAUGAUUCUGAUUUUUGAAAGGUAAAAACAGAGAAAUUGAGGUAGUGGGGAUAUAUGGUCUAUUCUAAAGCAAAAUAUUUUCCAUCUUUCAAGUGGGGGGCUCAGACUCAGAAUCCUCCCACUACAACCACAUAUGCAACGAUUAUUUAUUUUUAUAAAUUCUUAUGUAGAAUAAAAAUAUCCAUUGUGUAUAUUAGGAUUACAUACUUUAUUUUUGUCCCACUUACUUGUGGGCUUACUAUGUACACGUGUAAGAGCAAGAGAUAUAUAGCUAGUUGUAUAAUCAA